AUGUUCUCAACAUCAUCAUCAAUGCCACACAACAACAAUCUCAAUGUAUCAUUCAUCAGACAAUAUAGCUCAACAACAACAAAGCCACCAACUUCAUCAACAACUGAGGAAUCAAGUACAUCAACUACCUCGACCACACCAUCAACACCUUCCGAAACAGCCACACCAUCUACAACACAAACACAACCAGAUACACAACAACAAAAACAAGAAGAAGGCAGCGAAACAAAGAAGGAUGGAGCAGCAGCAGAUGGAGAAACACAACAAGAACAACAAAGAGAAGAGGAACCAAAGAAAGAAAAGACAUUCAAGGAGAAAGUCAUCCAUAGACUCAAGUGGGGAACGUUCACCAGUGUCAUUGUGGGCACCAUUGGAUUCCUCUUCUACGAGUCCUAUCUAAGGUCGUCGAUGCCUUAUCGCAUCGUCAUGAACAAGGUCAAGGGCGAUCUCGAGUCGAUGCAGUGCUUUGGCGGUGUGGUCGCUCCGCUGAAAUGGUACGAAUGCUUUACCGACCCAAUCAUUGGCACCAUCUCGCUGGAGGAGGGCGGCACCGAGUGCAGCGCCUCAUUCACCAUUCCCAUCCGCCGCUUCGUGCCCCCGCCCCCCAAGGAGGGAGAGGUCGUCGUGCAGGCACCCGAGGACAUUGAGAUGAAGUCCAAUGAUGGCGGAGCACAGGAUGGUCACAUCGAGGCCAUACUACGCAAGAAGACAUCAUGGUUCUUUGACUGGGAGAUCUACAAACUGCACGUCAAUGUCGACACUGGCAAGACCAUCACCAUCGUGGACAAAGAGUUAAAGAUGCCAACUAGAGGUUAUUAUUAA